AUACAAUAAUAUGAUUUUAAAUGAUUUUGUCAGAAUAUAACUAAUAUUUAUUUUGUAUAAAACAAAAAUAUAUCCUAUUCAAAUAUUAUUCGUGUUCAAAUUGUGAGUUAUCGUUAGUGCAAUGCCUUCAAAGCAAAGAAAAAUUGCUAUGAUGGGCUACAGAUCAGUUGGCAAAUCCUCUCUGAUUAUACAAUUUGUGGAAGGACAAUUCGUUGAUUCCUAUGAUCCCACCAUUGAGAAUACUUUCACAAAAUUCAUUCGACUUAACUCCACUGAAUAUGAAGUUAAACUGGUAGACACAGCUGGCCAAGAUGAAUAUAGUAUAUUUCCUCUUCAGUACAGUAUGGAUUUUCAUGGUUAUGUUCUGGUUUACUCAAUAACUUCAAGUAAAAGUUUUCAAAUUGUACAGAUAAUCUAUGACAAACUUUUAGAUAUGGUUGGAAAAAUUCAUGUCCCUAUUGUCUUAGUUGGAAAUAAAACAGAUCUACAUUUGGAAAGAAAAAUUAGUACAGAAGAAGGAAAACGCUUAGCUGAAAAAUGGAAUGCUGCAUUUGUUGAAACAAGUGCCAAAAGAAAUGAGUCUGUGACAGAUAUGUUUCAUGCAAUGCUCUCAGAAAUAGAGAGAUCAGAUGGUCACAUACCAGAAAAGAGUGGCUGUGUUAUUUGUUAAUGAUAACUGAAGCAAAGUAAAUGCUUAAGUAAAGUAAGUAAUUGUGAACAAAUCCAGGUGAUGUAAUAAAAAUGCAAUUGAGUUUAGCUACAAUGUGUUCAUUUAACAGUUUACUUAUAAGUUUAAGCUGUAUCCCAUAGAAGAAAAUUUGUAUAAUGUGUACAAUUGGUUAAAGUCUAAUUAAGUCGAGUAGUUCUUUGUAAUUAUUUCAAUUGCAGCAGCAGUACACAUGCAGUUCAAUAUGUCAUGUGCAUAUGUUAUAUUUUGUUUAUUUUAUAUCAGUUUAAAAUAUGAAUAACAUGACCUUUGUUUGUAAUAUAUAUUUAAAUGUAUAUCAUUACUAUAUAAAAAACUAUUUUUAAGUUAAACCUGCCAGUGAAUCUGAAUUUAGUUCAAACUUCAGGUAUUUUACAACAAAUUUAUUAUUAGAUUAAAUUUUUUAUGUAUGGAUUCUAAAGUUAUUGUACAACACAUAAUUUUAUAAGUGAAAUCAGAAACACUAUAGUUCCCGAAAUCUGAACUUAAUGCACCAAAGGCAGUGAGGUUCCAAGGUCUAAAAAUGUUGGUAACACAAACAAUUUCUAGGCAUGCCAUAUUAUGUUACUUAAGGAUUACUCUUCAAACACAUUUUAUGUACAGUCCUUAUAUUAUAAUAUUUAGACUGUAAAUAUAACUCUAAGUUUUAAUUUUGUUCAAUGUUUGAUUAAAAAUAGCAGCUAUCACUUGCAAUGUUUUUAUUCUAGCUUUAACUUAAUAGCAAGUGGCACAAAUAUCUUUGCCUUUGUGCACACAGAGCAAAAAUGUUUUUGUUUGCACAAAAUUUGAUAUGGAGCAUUUAACUUUAUUUCAUUGGACUCAACUUGGUAGAAGAGCACAUAGGAUUUAUACAGAACUAGCAGCAACUUGGAUGGGCUAUAUGCAAUUAACUUAUGAUUUUGUGCAUUUAUUUGGUUCUUAAGUAGAUAGUAAGUUCAGAUUCAAGGUUAAGUGUAUUAAUAAAAGCUGUGACCAAAUUUUGUCAAAUAUGACAAAACUGCUAUCAGCUCUAAUGUCAGUUAAACGUGGAAUAAACAUUAUGAUAUUUAAAA